UAAGAAUUCAGCAGAAAACACAGACUGAUGAAGAGACAGAGUCCUGAGGCAGGAAGUCAGGAGGGGGACGACCAGACUCAGCUGAUCCUGCUGACCCACUUCACAGAGGAGACAAGUUUCAUCUUUUAAAAGUAACCGCUGACUCAUGUCUGCCGCCAUGGACGACACAGACAGCGUGUUCGACCUGAACGAAGCGAUCCCAGAGACCGAGCUGCUGGACAACAGCAUCCAGAAGGGCCGAGCCCAGCUGUCCGUCAAAGCGAGGAGGCACCGCCCCUCCAGGUCCCGUUACCGUGACAGCGUGAGCUCGACAGAGGGCGAUGACAGCCUGGAGAGGAAGGACAAUUCAUCACACUCCGCCCGCUCACCUCUCCACUUGGCCAUGCGAGGCUCCUCCCCCUCACCUGAUUCGCUGUUGUCAUCUCGAAGCCCCGCCUUCUCCUUUGACACAUCGCUGGUGCGUCGCUCUCCAGAGGAUGUAGGCGUGUCAUUGGCUGCUCCCCCGCGGGGGCGGUACCAUCAGCUGACCAAUGCCACGUCUCAGGAGGCUCUGGUGACCCCCAGCAGCUCACCGUCCAGGUCCUGCCCCUCCCCCGACUGCUCACGUGUCUACAUGAGGAGGAGCAGGAGGCCCGACAGCGAAGUACUGGUUUCUGAUUCGAGUCGGGACACGAGUCCGGCUGAUCCCGGCAGUCCGACCGUCGUCUUCGACAAGAAAACCAAGAGACGCUUUCUGGACCUAGGGGUGACUCUCAGGCGCUCAUACAUCAGGGUGAGGAAGGAUAAAUCCAACCGGCUCUCUGUGGGCAGCAGAGAGCCGUCUGAGAGUCCUUCUCGGUCUUCGGGAUCCUUCGUCCCUUUCUCCUGGUUCACUGAAGGACGGGGGUCGCUCUCCUCGUCCGGGACUCCCCCCUGCUCCCCCAAAAUCACCCCGCUGAGUUCCCCAAGACCCCGCAAGUCUCACUCCCAGGAGUCGGCUCUCAGUGAGGAGUUUUCUCCUCCUCACACCUCCUCCUCCACCUCUCCCCCUGUGGAAUCCUCCUCCAGAUCCUCCCAUCCGUACCACACCCUGUCCCAGUCCUCUGAUGAGCCCUUCGAUGACCCGUCCUGUCCGGUGUCUUCGUGGACGACUCAGCAGGUCUGUCAGUGGCUGAAAGGACUCAACAUGGAGCAAUACAUCCCAGAAUUCAGCGCUAGGGACGUCGACGGGCAGGAGCUGCUACAGAUGGAUGGCAACAAGCUGAAGGGUCUGGGCGUCAUCAGCUCGUCUGAUCGAGGCGCUCUGAAGCGUCGCAUUAAAGAAAUCCAAAGUGCAGCAGAGAAGGAGAGAAAAGCUCUGGACAAGAUGGAGAAACAGAAAGAAAAACAACGAAGAAAAGACCAAGAACAGCGCAGGAACUGA